AUGGCGUCGCCGCGGACAUUGACAGCACUGGCUCGCUCGCGACCCACCGCCUCGCGCCUCGUCGCAGCACGUAGCUCCGCAUCAGCUUUUUCAACCUCCGCGCAGACACAACGACCCGCCCUGGGAGGACAGACUGAAGGCCCGGCGCCAGAGGGAUUUCGCAUAAAGACACCCGCGCGAUGGAACCAGCAGAAGGAAAGCUUGCUCGACCAGGCCGGUAAUUACUUCCUGCYCACCGAGAUGGCGAGGGGAAUGUACGUGCUCCUGGAGCAGUACUUCCGUCCACCAUACACCAUCUACUAUCCAUUCGAAAAGGGCCCGAUCUCGCCACGUUUCCGUGGCGAACACGCCCUACGCCGAUACCCAACAGGCGAGGAACGCUGUAUUGCUUGCAAGCUGUGCGAGGCCAUCUGCCCUGCACAGGCUAUUACCAUCGAAGCCGAGGAGCGUGAGGACGGCAGCAGACGUACGACACGCUACGAUAUCGAUAUGACCAAGUGCAUCUACUGUGGUUUCUGCCAGGAAUCAUGUCCAGUAGAUGCCAUUGUGGAAGGACCGAACGCAGAGUAUGCCACAGAGACUAGGGAAGAGCUGCUGUACAACAAGGAGAAGCUCUUGUCGAACGGAGACAAGUGGGAGCCGGAAUUGGCGGCUGUGGCGAGGGCAGACGCGCCAUACAGGUAG